CUCUUUCUGUCGCGUUCGCGUGUGAUGAUAAUUGCUCAUAACCUAAAACUUUAGAUCUGUUUUUAGUUUUUCUUUCUGUCAAGCUUGACUUUUUUUACUUACACGCGUUAAUCAGAAUGCCAGUGGCAGAGGAGGUUAAGUCAAGUUGGGCCGAUGAAGUGGAAGAAGAAGGAGGUGCUUUACCUCCACCUACUGAAACUAUCCAGAAUGGAUAUAAAAUCAUCACCGAGUACAAAUACAAUGAUGAUAACAAAAAGGUGAAAAUUGUCCGUCAGUACCGUAUAGAGCGGCGAGUGGUGUCCAAGACGAUCGCUCAACGCAAGGCUCUGAAGAAGUUUGGUGCUGCGGCCAACGACAAGCCAGGUCCUGACCCUGCGACUACGUUCUUCGGGGAAGACGUUUACAUGCAGUUCAUCACUAACAAGGAGGACCAGGACAAACCAGAGGAAGACCCAAUGGAUAAGUUGAAAAACAUGGGAGAGAAGGGUGUGGUGAAAUGCCGUAACUGCAACGGAGACCAUUGGACCCUCAAGUGUCCGUUCAAGGACAUGAACAUCCAGGGAAUGAAGGCAGACGACAAGAAGAUGUCGACCCCUGCCGCACCUGCUGCGGCUGACGAUAAGAAGCCAGUGACCAGCAAAUACGUCAUUCCUUCUAUGAGAGACGGUGGGAACAAGAGCGGCCAGAGUAUGAAGGGGAACAGAGACGACGCUUUGGCAAUUAGAGUGUCGAACCUGUCGGACAGUACGCAGGACGCUGACUUGGAGGAUCUCGUGAAGCCGUUCGGACCAAUCAGCAAGCUGUACCUGGCUAAGGACAAGACUACCGGAUUGUGCAAAGGCUUUGCGUACAUCCACUUCAGGAACAGAGCCGACGCUGCGAAGGCCAUCAUGUCUCUCAACGGCCACGGAUAUGAUCACCUCAUCCUCAACGUUGACUGGUCCAAACAACAAGGGCAGUAGUGAGUGUUCCAUCGAAUUUGGCUGGUGAAAUAAAUAUAAUUGGGUUAUAUUUGGUUUCAUUCUUCCUCUUUGUGAGCUAUUGAGUUCAAAUUAGCGAUCUUUUUGUCAAUACACCUUUAUCUUUGUCUUCAAUGUAGGCUAUUCUUUCUCUUUGUGGCCCAGGUAGGUACUGGAUUAAAAUUAGCAAAUUUGUGUCAAUACAAUCUUAUCUUUUAUUUCGGCUGGUCUAAGUUACAACAGUUUGAAAAUUGAAUAAACAUCUGGAAAAUAAAUAAACAUUAUUGGUCUAA